UUUGUUUCCAACACUAUGGACACUUCCAAAAUUCAGAAGCUGUGGGGUUUGAGCAACAUGCGCAAGGACGCCAAACACAAGACAAAUAAUCAUCAUAGCCAGUAUUUGGAGAUGCGACCGGAUCUAGACGAAUCCAGCGGUUUGAUUCCACGAGAAGAGCUGCGAAUUGUGGAACAAACGAUCAAGCUCCACGAAUCGGUCGAAAACGCCGCGGCGAUAGUCAGACUCGAAGAAAUCGUCGCUUUCAUCAAGCUUCAAGAAUCCAAUAUCAAAGCCACACAGGAAAAGCCCGAAAAAUCAGAAUGGGAUGAUGAGAAGCAACAAGUACACUUUUGGGAUGGCUACUGGGAUGGUUGCACAUACACUGCUAUGGAUGAGCUUACUCUACAUGAUAUCGGCAGGGAUUUCUUGGGUUGGACUUCGAUGUAUGACGGAGAGCCGAUUGCUAUAGACGAAAUGAACGAAUGGCUGGACGAAACGAUAGCAACAAUACAAAGUCUUCCAAAUGGACCCGAGAGUCGCGUAUUUGAAGUUGGGACGGGAUCUGGAAUGAUUCUCUUCAACUUGAUCAGCGGGAUUCGCUCUUAUGUUGGUCUGGAAAUGUCACCGACAGCGGUGGAUUUUGUGAAAAAGACGGCACAAUCCAUGCCCAGAUUCUCCGAAAAGAUCCAUAUGUUCCAGGGCUCGGCAGCAGACAUAAGAUCAUUGGAACUUCCUAUCGCCCCCGACUUGGUUGUAAUCAACUCCGUUGCCCAGUACUUUCCAUCUCAAGAAUACCUUAUCGAUGUAAUAGAAGCAAUUCUACAAAUUCCAACGGUCGAAACAAUAUACUUUGGGGACAUACGGUCAUAUGCGCUACACCAAGAAUUUUUGGUCAGCAAGAUACUUAAUGGUCCCGACGAAGUAACAAGCAAAGCUGAUCUCUCAAUGCGCAUAAAUGAACUCUUAGACAAGGAGCUCGAGCUGCUCAUCGACCCAGCUUUCUUCAAUAGUCUGUCUGAAAGAUUUCCUGGGCGUAUUUUUCAGGUAGAGAUUCACCCCAAAAGAUUGAAGGCCGUCAAUGAGUUGAGCUGCUUUCGAUAUGCUGCCGUCGUGUUCAUGAAAAACCGGGGUCAUAAGUAUGAGAGCAAGAUCGCAGAAGAUGCCUGGAUUGACUUUACACACCGGGAAAUGGAUCGAGAAAGCCUGCUGCGGCUCUUACAGCAAUCCGGAGGCACUGUGGCUGUGAGCAAUAUCAAGAAUAGCAAAACUAUUUUCCAAAGCCUCUUGGUCGACCGCCUUCGUGAACAGACCGAAAAGCCAGAGGACCAUGGUUUUGAUCAUUGGCUUGCGACAGUUCGAAAGGACGCCGAGGCCCUGCCAUCGCUCUCUACAAUUGAUUUGCUCGAAAUAGCCGAAAAGGCCGGUCAUCAAGUUGAAAUCAGCAGCGCCAGAGAACGAUCUCAAAGAGGAGGAAUGGAUGCAAUAUUUCACAAAAGCAAGACGUGUGGAGGUGGUGAAAAGGUGAAAUUCCAUUUCCCAAAUGAUCAUGGGAAGGUUGAACGAUCGAAACUCGCAAUGGAACCGCUACUGUUGCAGUCCAGACAGGCAAUAAGGGAGCAGAUUGAUGAACAUCUUCAAUCAGAAUUACCUGUGCAUCUUCUCCCUAGCUCUAUCAGGAUAGUGGACGAAAUGCCCACAAAAGAUGAUGGCGAGGUGGAUUACGAUCUACUGAGCACCAUUUAG